UGAUUGGCACGUGUAGCGCACAUUGAAUUACCGGCAGUGAUGUUUUUAUUUUUUAGUUAUAAAACAUAUUUUUUUUAGAAUUUAAAAAUGUGUGAGACAUUAUUGGUGGCUUUGAAAAACAUUGAACUAGAAACUACAAACUCUGAGCUUGCAAAAACAUGUCAACAUGUACUGGAAUCAUUGAAGAAUGAUGUAAUGAAAAUAGAUGUUCUGAUAGAAAAGCUAUCAGAAUAUAUUGCUAAUUUUGAAGAUGUUUUACUGUUCAAAAAAUAUUUGCCAAAUUUGCUUCUGGCAUUGGUUUCGGCGAGGAUUCCACUAACAGUUGUAUUUUCUAAUCAGAAUUAUGAUUUAUGUACAGACUUGGAAAAGACUCGUCAUUUAGAGUAUUCAGUAGUCUUGGGACUUCUAAGUGAUCAUCCUGACAUUUUGCAGUAUGCACUUAAGUACUUUCAAAUAAAUUGUAUACCUCCAUAUGAUGUUUUCAUUCAUCAUGAAGACUCCUAUAAUGUGGCACCAAAGAAGAGAAGAUUACUUGAUUUGAGACAAAAGAUUACCGAUCACCAUAUAGUAAAUUGUUGUUAUGCUUUACUAUCAAAGUUACCAAAUGAGCUAUCAUCAAAGUGGGAUUGGACGAAAUUCAUAAUAAAUUUUAGUAGCCAUGAAGAUAUGAAGAUAAGAUGGAUGGUUAAAGAAUGUAUUGUUAUUCUAACUAACAUGACGGAAGUCCAAUCACAUUUGUUAACCGAAAACCUUAAAUUGAGUGAGGAAGACGAUCUUAAAAACAUUCCAUACUCUAAGGAUAUAUACAUUAUGAAUGGUAAUGAUGAAGAAUUAAAUGUAAACACAAGUAAUGUUGUACACAUCAGUGGCAUAAUGUUACCUGUUUAUGAUAAAACCAAUAUACAACCCGGAAAGCUAGUUCAAGUUAAAAGUACUGUAAAUAAUUUAAGGAGUUUAGCUCUCGCUGUAGCUUCAGGUCAAGCCUUGUCACUUAUGGGUCCUGUGGGUUCUGGCAAGACAUGUCUAGUUGAACACUUGGCAGCCAUAACUGGUCGGAAAGGAAUUGCCUUUAAGAAGGUGCAACUUGGUGAUCAGACUGAUUCAAGAAUGUUGCUGGGAUCCCAUCAAUGUACAGAUGUGCCUGGAGAAUUUGUGUGGGCACCAGGGGUAUUAACUGAGGCUGUUCAAAAUGGGCACUGGUUAUUGUUGGAAGAUAUAGAUUGUGCUGCAUUAGAUGUAGCAUCUACAUUAAGUUCCUUGUUGGAACGGAACACUUUGUGUGUACCUGGGUAUAGAGAUUCCUUGCCGGUCACACCCGGCUUUCAACUAUUUGUUACGCAGAGGACAAUGGUUACAAAUUAUGGGUUUCAAAAGAAGAUGUCAAAUUCAAGCACAUUGUUACAAAAACAUUUAACCCAAAUCAACGUUGAGCCCUUGUCGAGGAAUGAGCUAGCUGAAAUUAUACAAACUAAGUAUCCAAAUUUGUCAACAAUUUGCUCAAGAAUGAUUGAAGUUUUUAUGAUGUUCUCUGUAGGUAGUCAUGAUACUUCCUUACACGCUACUUCUGGGUCGGAAAAAGAUUGUAACAAUAUUGUGCUUAGAGGUUCACGUCUCAUUUCGACAAGGGAUUUGAUGAAGUGGUGUGCCAGAGCAGUUGUAGAAUUUAAUGUAUCUAGUCCUGAUUCAGCCAUUAAAGUUCUGGAAGAUGCCCUGGAUAUAUUUACGUGUUCUAUAUCCUCCCCAGAAAACCGAUUAGAGUUGGCUAAGAAAGUUGGUACAUGCUUGGGAAUAGUUGAAACUAAAUCAGAGUUCUAUGUGAAACAUUACAAACCUAACGUGUCCUUACAUCCAAAUGUACUGGAAGUAGGAAGAGCUAAGGUACCAAGACAUGAAAAGAGGGUAGAGUCGAUUAAUUUUGAUAAUAAGCAAGUUGUGUUUUCUUUCACCCGCCAAUCCGCUUGUUUGUUAGAAAAGAUAGCCUGUUGUGUCAACUCAAACGAGCCGGUUCUCUUGGUGGGAGAGACAGGAACUGGUAAAACUUCAUCGAUACAAUAUUUAGCAAGACAAACGGGUCAUAAACUCGUUGUGAUCAAUAUGAAUCAGCAAUCAGAUUCAGCUGAUUUAUUGGGAGGCUACAAACCGGUCGAUCUAAAAUACGUAAUCAGACCAAUUAAAGUAGAAUACAUCAAAAUGUUCAAAGCUUUCUAUAACGUCGAGAAAAAUAAGAAAUUCAUUAAUCAUAUAGAUACCUGUUACGACACUGAAAACUGGACAUCUCUAUUGGCCUUAAUGAAGCAAAGUCAUAAAGCAGCCGUCACUAGAUUGACAAAUGAGAAAAAUCACGACCUGUUACAAGUGUGGGUGGCGUUUGGUCAUAAGCUUUCAAAAUUAGACCAGCAAGUGAAAUCCGCGUCAAGAUUGACGUUUGCGUUCAUUGAAGGCUCAUUGGUAAAAGCGAUGCAACAAGGGCAUUGGGUAUUGCUCGAUGAAAUAAACUUGGCUUCGGCUGAAAUAUUGGAAUGUUUAGCGGGUUUGUUGGAAGACAAAAGUGAGAGCAUUGAUUUAUUAGAAAAAGGGGAUAAAGUGCCAAUACAAAGACAUCCGGAUUUCACUCUCUUCGCCUGUAUGAACCCCGCUACUGAUGUGGGAAAAAAAGAUUUACCGGUGGGUCUAAGGAACAGAUUCACUGAGUUCUUCAUAGAUGAACUUAAAGAAAGAAAUGACUUAAUGCUUCUCAUCGGUGAUUAUUUAUAUCACAUGAAUCUUAGUGGAGCAACAUUAGAAGCUAUUUACACAUUUUAUUCCAGUAUUAAGAAGGAAGCGAAACUUAACCUAGUUGAUGGUGCAGGAAAUGCUCCUCACUACUCAUUGAGAACUCUAUGUAGAGCAUUAACAGCUGCUGCCAAAGCAAAAUGUGGCACUGUGGCCAGAUCAUUGUAUGAAGCAUUUUGUCUCUCUUUCCUAACACAACUUGACAGGUCAUCACAUCCUAAAGUAGAGUCCAUGAUUGCCAAAGCCGUUAUCGGAAAGAAGAAUGUCAAUUCAAUUCUAAAGCAACAAAUACCGGAACCUAAAGUUGACGGUCAAAACUAUUUGCUCUUUGAAGGACAUUGGAUACCGCAAGGUAAACUGCCAAUCGACAUACCAGACGGAUAUAUUUUAACAUCGACUGUACGAAAGAACCUUCGAGAUAUUGCACGGAUUAUUUCGUUGGGACGUUUGCCUGUUUUACUUCAAGGUGAUACAUCAGUUGGUAAAACAUCGCUCAUAACGUACAUCGCUAAAGCAUCAGGAAAUUAUUGCGUCAGAAUCAACAAUCAUGAGCACACAGAUUUGCAAGAAUACAUUGGUUCGUACGCUACCGAUUCUACUGGAAAUUUAGUGUUUAAAGAAGGAGUUUUGGUUGAAGCUAUGAGGAAAGGCUAUUGGAUUAUUCUCGAUGAAUUAAAUUUAGCGCCUAGUGAUGUUCUUGAAGCGCUAAAUCGAGUCUUAGACGAUAAUAGAGAGUUGUUUAUAGCUGAAACUCAAGAAGUUGUGAAAGCCGAUCCUAACUUCAUGUUAUUCGCUACGCAAAACCCACCAGGAUUGUAUGGAGGACGUAAAAUGCUAUCGAGAGCUUUUAGGAAUCGCUUUGUUGAGCUACACUUUGAUGAAAUACCCAGAGCUGAGUUGGAAAUAAUACUGCACCAACGAUGUCAUAUACCGCCAACAUAUUGUAAAAGAAUGAUUGAAGUAAUGGCGGAACUACAAGUUAGAAGGCGUGGCUCGGCUGCUGUUCAGGGAAAGGAUGGUUUUAUUACUCUGAGAGAUUUGUUCCGAUGGGGUCAAAGGUAUAAACAUGCCUCGAAAGAGAUGUUAACUACAGAAAAAUUCUACGAUUGGGAUCAACAUAUAGCCGACGAGGGAUAUCUCAUAUUGGCUGGUAAGGUCCGGCAAACAGAUGAAAGAAAUAUUAUUGAAGAAGUCAUAGAAAAACAUAUAAAGAGAAAAGUAAAUCCCGAAAACUUAUUUAGCUUGCACGAUAAUACAUCUCCGGUAACAAAGUCAAUACUAGAAAUGAUUCUUGGUAACCAACUAGACGCGUUCUCUCAUAUUGUUUGGACAUUUAACAUGAGAAGACUGGCUGUACUAAUCGCAAAAGCGUUCAUAUUCUCUGAGCCAGUUUUAUUAGUUGGAGAAACAGGCUGUGGAAAAACUACAAUAUGUCAAGUUUUGGCUACAUUGAGUAAGAGGAAUUUAUUAUCUGUUAACUGUCACAUGCACACAGAGAGCUCUGACUUUUUGGGUGGAUUGCGACCAGUUCGGCAAUACAAUAACGAUGGAAGAUUGUUUGAAUGGGUGGAUGGACCUUUAAUUAAAGCAAUGGAGAAUGGUGACCUGUUUCUGGCCGAUGAAAUUUCGUUGGCAGAUGAUAGUGUUUUAGAAAGAUUGAAUUCGUUGCUGGAACCCGAAAGGCAGCUCGUUAUAUCCGAGAGAGGAAUGGAAGACAGUUCAGAUAUCGUUGUUAUAACAGCCGUAUCCAGUUUCCAUUUUAUCGGUACUAUGAAUCCUGGUGGGGAUUUCGGUAAAAAAGAGUUGUCUCCAGCACUCCGUAAUCGCUUUACAGAAAUUUGGUGUGAUCGUGUUAGUUCUAAAGAGGACCUGCAAAAAGUGCUAGAAAAAAGUGUUGGGAAAGGAAUCGCUUUAGGCAAUCAGGAAGACGGAAGUUCAGGCAUUGGCAAUUGCAUAUUAGACUUCACAAAUUGGUUGAAAAAUUCAGAAGUGACCAAUAAAUUUCCUUUUAGCAUACGAGAUUUACUAUCGUGGGUCCAAUUUAUUAAUGUGACCGUAUCUAAAGGUUUGUUAGAUGUGCCAGAAGCAUACGUGCAUGGUGCUUGUAUGACAUUUUUGGAUUGUUUUGGCACAACCCUCACCGGACACAUAGAAUCUGAUACACUACUACUAUUACGUAAAAGUGCCAUAAAUUUCCUAUUAAACCAAAUAAAGACAUUUGGGAACGAAUAUACUGAAAGUUUAAAGGAUACACUUAGUAACCAAAAAGCAAUUUUUAAAUCCGAAAUUAGUAAUAACAAGUUUGGAAUCAAACCGUUUUAUAUUGACUGUGGACGAUAUUCGCGUGACAGCGACAAAACAUUCACAUUUACUGCACCUACCACCGGUUCCAAUACACUACGACUACUUCGUGGUUUGCAGUUAAACAAAGCAAUACUUUUGGAAGGAAAUCCAGGGGUAGGCAAAACAAGUUUAGUAACUGCUUUAGCCAAGUCCUCAGGUCACAAGGUUAUACGCAUUAACUUGAGUGAUCAAACGGACAUCACUGAUCUCUUUGGAACAGAUUUACCUUCUGAAGAUGGAUCCUUUACGUUUAAAGAAGGUGCUUUUCUAAAUGCCCUUCAAAAUGGAGAUUGGAUACUUCUAGAUGAGUUGAACUUAGCGCCACAAGCGGUGCUCGAAGGAUUAAACGCUUGUCUGGAUCACAGAGGCGAAGUGUUUAUACCUGAACUUGGAAAAACAUUUAAAGUUAAGAAGGAAACCAAAUUAUUUGCUUGUCAAAAUCCUUUAAAACAGGGUGGAGCUAGAAGAGGAUUACCUGUUUCAUUCCUUAAUAGAUUCACUCAAGUCUACAUCGAUACGUUAACUAAAGAAGAUCUGUUAUAUAUCGUAAAAACACAAUAUUCCAAUUUACCACAAGAUAUUUUACACAAAAUAGUUGAAUUCAAUUGCAAAGUCGCUCAUGAAAUUUGUGAAAUACAAACUUGGGGUCAUAAAGGCGGACCUUGGGAAAUGAACUUGCGAGAUAUACAGAGAUGGUGUGAAGCUCUUGUAAAAGAUUUUGAAGACGGACAAGGAAUAUCUCCAGGGAAAUACGUCGAUAUGUUGUAUGUUAAUCGUAUGCGUACAGUGGAAGACAAACAAAGAAUGAUUCAAGCGUUCGACGAAAUAUUCUAUCCUGUAUACCGAAGAAGUGAUACUAACCCUCAGGUAGAUAUCAAAGAAGACGAAAUUAUUAUAGGAGAUGUCAUGAUAAAGAGAAACAAAGACAAGGCUUUUAAAAAUAGAAGAUCCGUUAAAACUAAUUUGCUGCUGUUACGAAAUCAGUUGCCCACUUUGAAGGCGCUUGCACAAAACGUUAACAUGAAGUGGCUAUCCAUAUUAGUAGGACCCACGGCUACUGGGAAAAGUAGCAUAGUUCAAGUACUAGCAGACUUGACUGGAAAUGAUCUUCACGUCGUCCCAGUUACAUCAGCUAUGGAUGUCUCAGACCUUCUUGGAUUCUUUGAGCAAGUCGAUUACAACAGAAACAUUGAGAAUUUGUAUGAAGAUAUAGAAACAGCAACUAUUCAGGUUGCCAGAGAUGUAUGGAUAAAACAAAACACAGAAGGAUGGAAAUCAAAUAGGUUACUUAGUAACUUGCAUCAGUACAAAUCGAUUCAAUCUAAUUCUACAGAUAAGAAAUUUUGUAGCGAUGACAUUGAGCUUUUCAAUAAAAAAAUUAAAUUUCUUCUUAAUCAUUGCAAGAAAAUACAGGAAUCGGCAAAAUUUUAUUACGUUUCAACGGACCGUGUUGAAAAAAUUUUGCAUAAUUUAGAAAAAUUACAAAACAGGGUAUCAAAACUAUCUUCGGUAAAUGCAGGCGGUAAAUUUGAAUGGGUCGAUUCCUUGCUCGUCAAAGCAAUGGUUGAAGGAUCCUGGCUUUUGUUGGAUAAUGUGAACUUAACGUCGUCAGCUGUUUUAGACAGACUAAACGGUUUAUUAGAACCGAAUGGCGUGCUUAGUGUUCCAGAGAGAGGUGAGAUAAGUGAAAUUAAACCGCAUCCAAACUUCAGGGUAUUCUUUACAAUGGAUCCGAAAUACGGGGAAAUCUCUAGAGCCAUGAGGAACAGAGGUGUAGAAAUCUUCCUAUAUCGAUCGGAUGACUUGGAUCUGGGUUUAUCAGAAACAAUGGACUAUCUAGACUUGGUUGCUUUACUGUCAUCCUGUGGCCUUCCGAAUCAGUAUCAUGACAUAGCAAUAAGAUGCCACGAGUCCUUGACUGAUUUUAUUCAAGGAUUAGAAAGACCAACUAUUUCUCACCUGCUUCAGGCCGUUUAUUUGACGUGGCAACAAAUGGUACGAGGGAUUUCAUGCAGGACAGCGUUAUUGAAUGGUUUUUCAGAUGUUUACAUUAAACCAAGAACCGGCGGUGACUUCGCCUCCUCUGUAAAUACAUCGUUAGCAGAAAUGAAAAAUAGUAUGUUGAAAGCCUUAGAAUUCGAAUUAAGUUCAGAAAAAUUUGAACCGAUUGUUAGCAAAGAUGUCAGCCAUACAUUAACAAUAAAGGGUCUUGCGACGUACUCUGCAUAUGAAGUCGCAAAGCAAAUUGCUUAUCUCGCAAUUAAACAGGCAAAUGUUAAAAUUUCUGAGAGUACAUUAUAUCCUGUAUUCAGCAUUCUUACAUCAUACCAGAAGUGUCCAUCGGAGCUAUUAGAGACAAUUCAUUUUAUAAUAAAUCAAGGCAUUCAAAAACAUAACAAAAACUAUUUGAAAUCCUUAUCGUGGGGUUUGAACAAGCAAGCUUAUGAAUAUUUCAAGACGAGAGAAGUCAUGGAUAUGUAUAAGAGAUUUUUGCCAGAGGCAUAUAAAUUAAAUGAAGAUGAUAUUCAUAACUUAAACACGAAUUUCAUUCUACUGUAUAUACAAUUAAAAGACGUUGAAUUAAGCGGUACUUUGAAAAACACUGGCUUUUCUGCUUUGGAUUAUUCGAAUGCUGUAUCCCAAGGAAAGUUAACAGACGAUUUUAUAGAGUAUCCUAUACUCAAGAAUUGCAAAGCUUACCUUCAAGUAAUAGACAAAUAUAUAAAAAAUACAAUUAAAGCGGUUGGACCAUCGUUGCCUGAUAAAGCAGUGGGCUCAGUGAUACAACUAUUAAAUUGGAGAGAAAGAUUAAUUAAGAUCACUAGCAUGCCCAUAUUUGAAACAUCAAAAAGCAAAAAGACGCCUAUUUUGAAAGAGGAGAUAAUUCCAUUUUUAAAUGUUCAUAGUAAAUGGGUGCAAAAGUAUUUGCUUGGAGGACUUUUCAAAUUGCUCGGGGGAAAGAAUGUUUCGAAGAAGUUCUUAGUCGAAAUGGAUAAAUUGGAUUUAAACAUUGCCAAGGAUAAUUCGAAUGUUGCCAAAGUUAGCAAAAAGCUCAGGAAGUAUUACGGUCAACCAAAACUGUAUAAAAACCAUGAAGAAUACGAAUUAUGUAUUGCCAGAGAAAAAAUUUACAAUAAAAUAAAUUUGGACAUGCAUGAACCACUCGACCGACAACUAAGCAACAUAUCUCAAAUAUAUAAAUCAGAUAUAUCUUUAGCUUAUGACGUACCAAACCAAGAAACAAUUGACGAAUUCGAAGAAAAGCUCGCACUGUUGACAUCAAAUACAAAGUCAGAGAAAUUGUUAUCAGAAGCAAGACUUCUUCCUAUCAAUGCAUAUGUGAUACAGAGAAUUGUAAACCUAUUGCAGCCGCAUUUUCUAGAAAUAAUUAACAAGUUCUCCGACGAAGACUACGAAUUCGAGAAUGAUAUCCGUUUUAACAUACAAGAGAUUAUGUCUAGUCUAAUCCAUCUAGGAAAAGUAAUCAAAGGAUUUCCACCCGCCUUAUUGAAUCAGUUGCAAGUUAUAAGAACAGUUCUUGAAACAAAUAAAGAACUCGACAAUGGCAUAUCGUCGUUGCCGGUUGGCUUUUGGAUAGAAUUGAAUAGAAUGCUAGUGAGCUCGCCCGCUACAUAUCCUGUACCGUUUUUAAAGAUUAAUGAUUUUCUAAAUUCAGAAGACCCCAUCCCUGUAAACAGCUCAAGACUCUCUAUGAAUCUCUCCUUAAUGCCAUUCUACCUUCAAAAUCUUACCACAUGUUUGGACGUCACGGCCUCUAAUUCGGUCAUGGCAUACGAAAGCGUUGCUCUGAAGGACCGAUCGGAGUAUUCGAAGCAGUUGCAGACUGUUUUGAAUAUUUUAUGGAAAAACUUCGGUACAUUGGACUCAACGGCUUUACUGAAAUUAAAAUCGGACGCUAUAUUCGAAAUAAAAAAAUACGAACAGCUCAUUGAUUGUCUGUCAUACAUAAUUUCAGAAAAUUAUACAGUAAAUGAGAGUAUAAUAGAUAACUGUGACGUCAUAACUAGAGAGAUACAAUUAUAUUUCAUAGGAGACGCGAAUAUUAUAGACAUGUUGAACAAAGCUAACGAUGUGUAUAAGCAGCUUACGGGCUCUGUCGCAAACGAAAGUGAAAGUCAUAUGAGGGAUAAAACGAAAAUAUUGACGGCUGAAUUAUCACUGGUGACUAGUCUCCUGUUCCUUAGAAUAAUGGCAGAAAUAAGUCCCAUAGACCACGUCGAAAAGUACAGACUCAAAGUUAAAUAUAUAGAGGAAGAUGUAGAUAUAUUCAAUAAAUUACUGAGCGUGUAUUACCUUCAUGGGACUAUAUCGGGCGGGAUCAGUGAGAAUAGGAACAUAGAGACGGCGUCCGAGGUGACCAUGGAUUGUUUCAGACAACAAAACAGGGAAAAGCUGAAGAAUGUACAUCCCUACUGCGAAAUUAUCAUGAAUCUCAAAGAGGAGACCGCGUUGAGAGUACAUAAAUACGCCUCAGGGAAUACCUUCCGCCCUAAGGAACCAUCCUACACCAGCUUUAUAAAGGAUUGCAAGCACUUUACAAAAUCCGUCCUAUCGGAUAAAUCGGUCAAGACCCUGUAUACCAAUCUUUUGUCAACAUGCGGUACAAUGUACGACAUUAUACAAAGCGGCACUUACGAGAAAGCCCAAAACCAAUUACAAAACGCGCAAACAGUGCUGACGGAAACGACUUCGUGGCUGCAUUCUGUUAAUGCGUUCAGCAAAAAGAUUGUCUCUUAUUCCGAUGCUUUCCCAGACUUAGCGAAACCCUUACAAAGUUCACUGUCUCAAAUAGUCUACAGUGUUACAUCAUUAAAGGAUCUUAUUCGAGAAUAUAUUGUGAAAAUCCAACAAGGUCCAUUUUUGCCUGAAAUGUUGACGUCUCUUCUAGUGUAUCCCAAUACUAUACCGUCUCUAGCUUCAAGGGAAAAGCAUCUUAAUAGAUACCUGUCAUCCAAUUUUAAGCAGCUCUUGAGUAGGAAUGUUGUAAGUGAUGUUGUGUUACAAACUGAACAGGAAUAUAUUGAGGUAUUGAAAAUGAAUCUAUCAGAAUUCAGUAUGCACAGCUUGUCCAUGGAACGAAUUGAUAAAAUUAGUUUGAAGGCCGUGCUCACAACACUUGACGCUAUUACAAAAUCAUGGGAGAAACAACGUCAGGAUAUUGAGAGACAAAAACAGGAUGAAGAGGCCUUAUAUGUUACCAAAUCGAAAUGUGAAGACGAAGACGAGGAAGCUCUAGCGCAGGAGGAGAUCAGGGAAAUGUUCCCUUCAUACUCCGACUCCGAUUUCGCGGAGUUCAAACCGCCGACGCUCGAACAGAGGAAAGACAAACCAAGGAAUAUCAAACCCAAACUAUUGUUAUCCCCUGACGACGUCUCCCUGAUAUACAGAUGGCAUUCGAACUUCGUACGGAAUCUAACAAACGCGCAAUGGUUAUCCAGCCCAAAGAAGUUGGUUGCGAAUGAUGUUGUGACUCCGCUGUUAUUGCGUUAUCCAACAUUUAGCAGGGUUAUACAGGGGGCGUGGGAGACGUUGGAUGUGACUUUCGAAGGAACCAUUCUACCCAGCUUAAUGGUGCUAGUGUCGCAUAUUAAAAACAAAGUCGAUGGAAUUGGUGGAACAGGUCAAAAAGUUGACUUCUACCGCUCACCUUGGAUUUCCGAAACAAGAGAAUGUCUUCCCCUCUUAGAAAGAGUCAAAGAAGCCACUAAUGAGUUGUUGGAUCAAUGGCCAGACUUUCCGACUUUGAAAGAUAUUAUCAUAAUUGUAGACAGAAUAAUCGGUUUUCCGAUUACCAGCCCAGUGUCGAGAUUCCUGACCGGUUUGGAACUUCUUAGAGAUAAAAUAGAAGAAUGGAACAAAAACGCCCAUAAAGGGAACAAUAUGAUUGAUAUAUCACUGGCGGUCGGACAGCAGAUCAUUAACUGGAGGAAACUGGAAAUGACUCAUUGGAAGGAGUGUCUCAACAACUUGUAUCAGAGACAACAAGCCGAGGCUCAUAAAUACUGGUUCUAUAUGUAUGCGGUGAUAACAUCGUACUUGGAGGACAGUGACAUAUCAUCGGCGAGGGUCGUGUCCGUGUUGAAAGAUUUCAUGGAGAAGUCCAAUUUAGCGGAGUUCGACGUGAGGCUGGACAUCGUUUAUGUAUACCACUGUCAUUUAAUACAUCUGGACGCCGGUCGAAGACGCGAUGAACUUCUGUCAUUGCUGUGGAAUACAUACAAUUAUUAUCGACAAUUCGCUCCACAAGUGGCUUCACAUAUAAAAGAAAAACGUGCCCCUAUAGAAAAGAAGUUGAAGGACUUCGUCAAAAUCUGCACCUGGGACAGGGACCUCAGCUACUGGAGUGUGAAGGACACAGUAGACAAGGCCCAUAAAGCUUUGCAUAAACACACCAAGGAGUUUGAGAAAGUUCUAAAGGAGAGUGUAUCUAGUUGUCUCGUGGAUACAGCGAGUGAGUCUAUCGACCACGUGGGUAUUUGGGAUAGGCCAAAAAGAGCCGGCACUGCAAGCAACGCCGCGGGCGGAGCAUAUAUGAUAGACCUGCAAAACCAUGUAGUACUCAAUAGAAACAUUAAGAAAUACCUUGACCAGCUUGAACAGCCUUGCCAAUUAAUACAAGAGAACAGUCUGCUGGCAAAGAUUCCGAACCUGUUGAACAAAGCUCGAUCAUUAUGCAAGGACACCAUCGCUAACACUGGAUACCCGGCUCUAGUACAGGGCCUAGACGACUUUGUAACCUUGGUUAUAGAGACCAGUGAACAUUUAGGCUCCUUGGAGGUGGAUUCAACGUUGCCGAAGGACAAACAAAAGUCGCAAGCCAAAAACAUAACGCAGCAAAAGCGUAAAGCCCUAUCCGAUCUAUUCAAACAUUUGAGCAAGAUCGGCCUGAACUAUCGCACCGGUCUCGUUAUAUUAUCGGCUUCUGAAGACAUGUACGAUUUCACAAUACCACCCGUCGAUAUAGAUGCCGCUAUGAGCUAUUUGAAGAGCAGGCGUUGUGAUCCAACACUAACCCUGCUGUGGUCGGGCUGUGAGAAGUACUUCCAAAAGAACAUAGCAAGACAUCGGUUGCUAUCGGCCGCGUUGCAGGCGCCUCACCCCGACCUCGGGAUACAGAAUAUUGAGAGAUGUAAGGGAUUCGCUGCACAUCUUCUGAAAUAUACGAACACUCAGAAGAAGUCGAUUUCCCGUUAUACGAGACAUAUUUUCGAUUUACGAACCGUAGCUACAAGUCUUACAAACGCUUUAGAAAUAGACUCUACAGGAUGUAACAUAACUUCCCUUGAAGAAAAACUCAAUGUAUUAGUGGAAUGCUACGCUCAUACGAGCAUUCUUCUAGAACAAUUUAAUGUGGUUCUAAAAUCUGUUCCGGAAAAACAUUUGAAUACCGAUUCCGAGCCAAAUUUCGACAAAGUGCUAUCAAACUCACCUUUGGCUGAUUGUUUCAAGGAUAGCGAUGAAUGGCAGUCUCUUAACAAAAAAAAUAAGUCGAUUAUAUCACUAGUUGAUAAACAAAAGGCAUUGUUAAACAAAUUGUCCCGAAACCCAAAACAAAUCGAAGAAACCAUCAAGUUACCAAUGGUUUCUCAAAUUCAUAUAGAAAUUACAAACGAAGCUAAGAAUAAUUUGGACGUUAUAAUAGAGAAAAGUGAGGAAAUAAUUAAAGAAUAUCAGUUUGUUUUCAAAACGACGGUCAUAGAAGACUUCACACCGCAUCACCCAAUACUAAGAAGCCUUGAAAAUAUGGUGGCUUACAUUAAAGAUAUACAAGCAGAACUUGACAAAUUGGAUGAACCAAUAGACCAAGAAAUGGCUGAAACUGAUAGCACCAUCUUAGAGCAGACUGAAGAUAUUGUGGCUACAAUGCUACUGGUGAUACAGUCCUUGUACAAAAAACAUCUGCCACCAGAGAGACACGCGGAGAACAUGGAUGUUAUAAACGCUAUUAAUGAAAUUAUAGAUGAAGGUGAAAAGGCCGAGUCCAAAGAAAUUUUAGAAGAUAAUCAUUUAAAGGAAUUACUGCAAGAGAAAAUAUCGGCUGAUUCAAGAAUGUUGCAAUUAGAAACGCUGGUUAACAAACUGCGGCAACUUCUGAUUAAUUAUGUGCAAUAUAUUGCGACGCGGUCUGAUGUGGAGGAAACUAGAGCUGUGGUUAUGAGAUUGGUGCCGAUAUUAGAGCAAGUUAUACUAUUUGUCCAAUAUUUUGUAUCCCAAAAAGUAGCCGUGCAUAGAGUGUCCUGUAAAAUGCUGUUAGUGCUUUUGAAGAUUUUCCUGGAUCUGGCAUCGAAAGGUUUCUGCAAACACUCAGAAUUAGAUUCAGAGGAAGGCGAGGGAGAAGGCAGUACUGGAGCCAGCGGUAUGGGACUUGGUGAGGGAGAGGGACAGAAAGAUGUCUCUGAGCGCAUAGAGAACCAGGAUCAAUUGGACGACGCACAUAAACCGGGCGAAGAAAAAACCGAACAAGAUAAAGAUUGCAAGGAAGAAGAGAAGGGAGUCAAUAUGACUGACGACUUCGAUUCCCAUUUACAAGACGUCGAACAGAAAGAACAAUCUGAUGAAGAAAAUGACGACGACGAUGCCGAUAAACAAAUGGGAGACACGGACAAUGCAGCUGAAAAGCUCGAUCAGCAAAUAUGGGGAUCUGAAGACGAAGAAGAUAUAGACGAAGAACAAAAUAAGGAAGACAAGGAAGAACGAGGCAAAGGUGAGAGUACUGGUGAGAAAGAAAUGGGCGCCAAAGAAGAAGAACAAGGGAAAGACGACGGCAGUGAAGGAAAGGAAAAGAAAAAGAAAGAUAUAAAUGAAAUGGAACCGGAAGUGGACGAUGAUCAUGUUGACCCCUACCACGGCAAACAACAAGAACUACCUGAACCCGAAGACUUUGAAAUGCCUGAUGAUUUAAAUUUGGACGGCGAAGAAAAAGACGAUAAGGAUGGAGAAACUGAAACUGAAAAUCCGUUUGAAAUUGAUGCGAUGAAAGAAGCAAUACAAGAAGAGGAAGAGCAGAAAGAAAAUGACGAAGAAGAUAAAGAUAAAGGAAAUAAAAAUGGUCUGGAAGUGUCCAGUGAUGAAGAAGCUGAAGGAAAUGAUGAUGAACAGAACAAAGAGGAAAGUAAUGAAACCGAGCAAGAUAAAGAGAAAGAAAACGAAAACGAAGAAACGCCGGAAGAAACAGAUGAUGAUGAAACGCAAGUGGAUGAAAACAACCCGGAAACGGAACCAGAGACACAGGAUGACGCAGAGAAGGAAUUGCCAAAGAAUCCAGAUGACAUAACGAAAGAUGAAGAAAAGCAAGAGACUAACCAAGAUCCGAAUCCAAACGCGGAUCCUUCAAAUAGGGAUCCAUCAGCAGAGGAUAAAGUUGAAAACGCAGAGAUGGAAAAAGGAACAAAUGACAAUGUCCAAAUGAACACAGAACCUAUAAAUGAUGAAGAUGCAGCGCCUUACGAACAACUCCAAGAACAAGUCGGCGAUAACGUCCAGUCAACAGGUCGGUCGGAACUAGAUAAGAGUGAUAAAGGACAUAGAGGAGAUAAACAAGCGACCAGGGCGGAUGCGAACGAGGAAAGGACGAAGUACGAAAACAAACCCGGCAAGACACACCAGGACAGGAGCUUGGGUGAUAUCAAUGAAAAGAAACACAAACAAGUCCAUACACUUGAAGCGGAGCAAGAUGGAGGCGAAGACACUGAACAAAAAGACGAACAGGCGGAUGCAUACCAACACGUUAAAGAGGCUAACAAAGACGAUAUACAGGUGGUGGACGCCGCGACGAAGGAACAAGCAGACGAACAACCGGUUUUACGUGAAGAUAAAGAUGCAGAGGAAUUGAAGGAUGAUGAAGUGCCCAUGGAUGUAGACGACGACGAUAUGACGGUGGAAAAAUCUGAUGAGAUCAAACCAGAGAAAACAAAGGACUCCAAGUCUAAGGACGAUAAUAAGCCUGGAGAUAAGAAAGACGGCGAGGACACGACCGGUGAAACUGGCUUCGAGAUAGAUGGUACCACCGUUUUGACUGAAACGGUACCACGAGGAAGAGACACCACCUACCACACCAAGCUCCAAGAAUCGUCUCAACAGGCGGAAGACAUAACGAUGCAAGAGUACAUGUUAAGGGAAUGGCUCGAUUCUGGUUCUGCCGAUGUAAGUGGCUCGAGUUCCGCUGCUUGGCGGUCUGUGUGGACCCAGAGCAGUGUCGCUGCUCGAGCACUCUGCGAGAGACUGCGGCUCGUGCUCGAGCCAACAGGCCGCUCGAGAAGAGCCGGUGAUUUCCGUACCGGUCGCGCCAUUAAUAUGCGUCGCGUCAUCCCUUACAUCGCGUCACACUUCAGAAAGGACCGCAUUUGGCUGAGAAGAACAAAACCAGCGAAACGAGAAUAUAAAAUAGCCAUAGCGAUAGACGACUCCAGUUCAAUGUCCGACAAUAGAAGCAAGGAGCUUGCUUUUGAGAGUUUGGCUUUGGUUUCUCAGGCGUUAAAUCUGCUCGAAUCUGGUGAUCUUGCCGUUUUAAGCUUUGGCGAAAAACCAAACCUUCUGCAUCCUUUCACUGAACAGUUUUCCGAACACUCCGGGUCGAAGAUUCUAGAACAACUCCGCUUCGAACAGACAAAAACAAAAAUAGCACAAUUACUAGAUUUCUGUACAGUAAUGUUCGACCAACAGACCAUGAGGAGUGACGCUUUAAACGCCAAGCUGUUGGUUAUCGUCAGUGACGGGAGAGGAAUAUUCUCAGAGGGGGAGACUAGGGUUUUACAAGCGGUGAGGAGGGCGAGGCAACAGGGCAUAUUUCUAGUCUAUGUCAUUAUUGACAACCCUGACAAUAAGGACUCGAUCAUGGACAUAAGAAAACCAGUCAUAGAUCCGGUCAGCAACUCGCUAACUGGCUUCGUUCCCUAUCUAGACACUUUCCCAUUCCCGUUCUAUCUCAUACUAAGGGACAUGAACGCAUUACCUACAGUUUUGGGCGACGCCUUGCGACAGUGGUUCGAACUGGCGGCGAACACAGCAAACUGAUUUAAAUCUAUAAUAAUAUAUUAUUCCUUCCAUACAUAAUAUACACAGUACAUUCAUCCUUCCAUAAAGGUGAGGCUUUAUACUAAAAGCCUAAACUUUUAUUACCUACUUACGAGAAUUUUUUCAAAAAUAAAUGUGUUUUAGUUUGUAAGUCUGAAGAGUUUAUAAUAAAAUAUGGAAAGACUGUGAAUGACUAUAUUUUUCUUAUAUUUAGGAAUUUAUUGUUUCAAAAUUUUUCUAUUUAUAAAAAAAAAAUAAAAAAUUAGGUUGAACUUUGUAAGUGAUAUUUUACAUAAGAUUUUAUUAAGAAAUAUUGUUUUAUUUGAUCUAAUCAUUAAUUCCUAAGUAGAAAGUGUUAAGAUUUCUUCUAAAAAUAAAAUUCUAUAAUGAGA